AAAAAUAAAAAAAUAAAAAAAAUAAAAAACGAUUGCUCUAACAUAAAUAAAUUCCGAUUCUCGUUAUUUUAUUUAAUUUAGACUACGUUUUGAUCUUUAUUCUCAGAUGCAUGCGCAAUUUCCUCGUUCCUGUAGUUCCGGUGAAUAGAGAGUGCGUGAUAAAGCUAUUCAGUCACCAACCAAUAACCAUGACUGACUAUUUGCAGGAGCAGGAAAUGGAAAUUGAAGCUCUGGAAGCUAUUCUUAUGGAUGAUUUUAGAGAAAUUUUCUCCGGGGAGAGCGGGCUUAACACUUCUAAUAAAUGCUAUCAUAUCACAAUAUAUCCACAGGAUGAUGAUGGAGACGAACCAUCCUCUUUGCCAGUUCGGUUAGCAUUGAUCUUCUCUCACACCAAAAAAUAUCCAGAUGAACCUCCACUGCUUAAUGUGAAAAGUAUUCGGGGAAUUCCAAUUGAAGAUCUCAGAACUUUGAAGCAAAAGCUGGAAGAAGAGGCUGCUGAGAACCUUGGGAUGGCCAUGGUGUACACACUAGUUACAUCAGCUAAAGAUUGGUUGAGUGAGAGAUUUGGUCAAGAUGGGGCCAUUGAGAGUGCUGCAGAAGAUGAAAUGGCAAAAGAUGAAGUUAUAGUACCACAUGGAGAACCUGUUACUGUUGAAACCUUUUUGGCAUGGAGAGAGAGAUUUGAAGCAGAGAUGGCACUAGAGCGAGCUAAGUUAAUGCCUGAUUCUGCACUUACAACAACCAAGGAAAAGAAGCUCACUGGAAGGCAGUGGUUUGAAAGUGGACGAGCAGUUGCAGCAGCGAGAGGCACUUUGACUAGCAAAGAAGACUCUGAAGAGGAAGAUGAGGAAGAUAUUGACUUUGAUGAUGAUGAUUUUGAAGAUGAUGAAGAAGACAUGCUUGAGCACUAUUUGGCCGAGAAAUCCGAAGAUUCAUCUUUACACUCCUCGAGAAUGGUCGCCUAACAGUUUUAGAUUGCACCAGUGCUUAAAGGCAAGUUCACAAUUGUCGUCCAAUUUGCUUUGUAAAAGGAAAAUUCCACUGUUACUCGAAAUCAAGAUAGGAACUCUGUACUUACUGCCGAAAGGGCACAAUCUCAAUUAUCAGUAAUGGAAGUUCCUUGAAUGCUUUUGAGUACAUAAAGGUUUGAUGCAUGUAGUAUUGUUGUAAGGGUCAGUUUCUCUUUCUGCUAUAGAUUUCUCCUUUUGAUUCAUUUUCUUGUUACCAUAAGUAACACUAGAUCUAACUACUCAAUAUUCGAGGAGGAUAGUACCGCGAAACUCAAGUUAGAGUGAUUGUGAAGCAUGGAUGAGUAUUGAAAGCCGGCAUAUACCGCCUACCGGAGUAAUGUAGAUUUUCGCAUAAUAUGUUGAUUGUUGCAACCAAAAUACGAGAUUGAAUUGAUAUUGAAGUUUUGUAGAUUUUCGCAUAAUUUGUUGAUCGUUGCAACCAAAAUACGAGAUUGAAUCGAUAUUGAAGUUUUGUAAAAUUAAAAAUCGGUCUUAUAGAGUGGAAAAUGGUAUGUAUUUAUCUAGUGUCUUAUUCAAUUGAGUGAGAUAAUCAUGAUCAAAAUGAAAAGAGAUGUGUGUAAGCGGAAUAUUUGGCAUACAUACAUCCUCAAUCAAGUGAGCGAUCGACAUGAAGAAGCAAGUAAGAAGGUCUCGAACGGAAUUACUUGAAUGAAUAAAGUGCAUGCUUGAACAAGUAGCAAUUAGCAUAUAACAUAGAGACAAAGUAAUGGGCGGAAACUGCUCAAAUGAGCAACUAUCCGAACACUUUUAUGUUAUGUUCUAGAAAGUUUGCAUUGGAUCGAGCAACUUGUGUAGCUUCGAUUGGAAGCUUAAUUGGGCAAUCAUGUUUGAGAUGCGCUUAGUCGAGCCGUGCAGUAGGCAUGCUCUGACGAACAUUAUUUGUGCUUGAACGAGCAUCCUUUAUCAUAACAUUGAGAAUUGCGCACAACAUGCAUUGUAAAUUUGAGGUUGAUUUGCGGUCUUUAAGAAGGAUUCUUGAUGCUCGAUGAAGCGUAGAACAUGUAAAAGAUUAAUGUAAAUAUUAAGAAUUAGAUAGAGCUAGACUAAGUCAAAGAGGGUUGAGUAUAUUUGUAUUCUAUAUAUGAUCAUAUACCAUUGAAGAUGCGAGUUGAAUAAAAUAAGCUUUUUUAUAAAAAAAAUUCCAAAACAAAUUUUGAAAAAUUUUAAUUUUUCAAAUAAGCGUCUUUGUGUCCGAAUCUAAGAUUCAAUUUGUCGUUAUUACUAACAACGAGCAAGAGAAAAAAAUUAUUAAUAACAGUGAACAAAAAUGUUUUUAUUUUUCUUUGUCUCUUCCAACGCUAUGACAUUGUCUCCUGUUUGUUUAUUGUUAGUAACAACGGAUAAAGAAUUUUGACUUUUUUUACCAUUUUCGUUCGUUAUUAGUAAUAGCGAACAUACUU